AUGAAUUGGGUAGGGUUGCAUGGGCUUCUUCUUCUACUACUCUUCAAUAAUGGAGCAUCACAAGCGAUAAUCAAGACUCUUCCGGGCUAUUCGGGUACUCUUCCAUUCAAACUUGAAACCGGAUAUAUUGGUGUGGGGAAAAAUGAUGAAGUACAACUAUUCUACUAUUUCAUUGAGUCCGAAAACAAUCCUAGCACGGACCCUCUUUUGCUUUGGCUGACUGGUGGACCUGGUUGCUCGGGUUUAUUUGGCGUCGUUUAUGAUAUCGGUCCAUGUACUUUUGAUGUUGAAAAUUUUGAUGGAAGCUUACCAUCUAUUAUCCUAAAUCCAUAUUCAUGGACCAAGGCUGCGAAUAUUAUAUUCAUAGAUGCGCCCGUUGGUACCGGAUUUUCAUAUGCAAACACUUCACAAGGUUACUCCUCCUCGGACAUCAAAUCAGCAAAAGACAUUUUCACAUUUCUUAGGAAGUGGUUAUUGAAUCAUCCUAUGUUUAUCAAAAAUCGUCUUUAUAUUGCGGGUGAAUCCUAUGGAGGCAAACUUGUUCCCAUGGUUGCCAUGGAAAUAUUACGAGGAAACGAAGCAAGACUUCAGCCACAAAUGUCUUUCCAAGGAUACAUUAUUGGCAAUGGACUAACGGAUUCGAACAUUGAUUUUAAUGCACGAAUUCCGUAUGCUCAUCAUAUGGCACUUAUAUCCGAUGAAUAUUUUGAGUUAGCAAAAAGUAGUUGUGCUGGAAAGUAUUACAAUCGUGAUCCAAAUAAUAUACAUUGUGCAGAUGCCCUUCAACAAAUCCGAAAGUGUUUAAGUCAUAUAAACCAAGUUCAGAUUUUGGAUCCAAUAUGUGGAAACAGAGCAUCAAAACUAGAAGAUUUUGGAUGGGAUCAAACAUUUUCGAAAGGCUAUUCAAUUGACCAUCUCGUCCUCCCAACGGCAGAACAAGAGUGUCAUAAUCAAGAUAGUGCAAUAUCUGAUGAUUGGGCAAAUGAUCCGAUUGUUCAAGAAGCUCUUUCUAUUAGAAAGGGAACGAUAACAAGGUGGCAAACUUGCAAUGAUGGAAUAUCAUAUGAACAAAAUGUAGAAAGUGCUCUUCCAUAUCAUAAAAUUUUGAUCAAGAAAGGAUACCAUGUUUUGGUAUUCAAUGGUGAUCAUGACAUGGCUGCACCAUAUUUGGGUCCUUUAAAAUGGAUUCGUAUUCUCAAUCUGACUAUUGAUGACGAUUGGAGACCUUGGCUUGUUAAUGGCCAAGUUGCGGGAUACACAGAGAAGUACAAGAAGAAUGACUUUGAACUUACAUUUGCAACAGUCAAGGGUGCUGGACAUACAGCAUCAAGGUAUAAGCCUAAAGAAUGUCUAGCAAUGGUCCAUCGUUGGCUCUCUAGAAGUCCUUUAUAG